AUGUCGGACGAUAGACAAGAAUCCGCGACGCCAGUUGAGCAGAGCAACAAUCCCGAAGUGGGUUCCACUCCGGUGGUCCCGGCCUCGAAGCGUCGACUCAGCAAUGAUACAGACAUGCAAGAUGCUCAAUCUACAGAGGCAUUAAAGCGACAACGUACCGCCCCGGAAGAAUCAACAAGUGCGCAACGUGGACCGCCAACCCGCAGACGAACAGCCGGCGCCGACGAAACCCAACGAGGAAAACGAAUGUUCGGCGCCCUCCUCGGACAACUCGGCCGAGCAAAAAAAGAAGUUGCAACUGAGGCUGCAAAAGCCACCACUUCCCGCCGUUCAGAAAUCGAGGCGAAACUCCAUGAAAAGCUCAAGAAAGAAAAAGUGGAGUUCACACGGAGGGAGUCGGAACGGAAUGCUGUUCGAGACGCAAGAAGGGCUGAACAGGCUGAGAGGUUCGCGGAUGAGGUCCUGGAGAGACGGCAUGAGAAUAUGUUGGCUAUGGCGAGAAGUUUGAGGACAAAGACGGAGCCGGUGAUCUACUACAAACCGUGGCAGCUAACUGAGGAUGAUGAGGAGAGGAUUGAGGCGCAAAUUAGGGAGGCAGAGGAAAUUGUUGCUAGGGAACGGGAUGAGAGGAGGGCGGAGAAGGAAAGGAGACAACAGGGUGAUGAGGAGCGGAAGGGGAGUGAGGAGAAGGCUAAGGAAGAGAUGGAGGUUGAUGAGGCGGAUCCGGCUGAUGGAGGUCGAGACACGAAAAAGACUGAGGGAAGCGAUGAGGAGAAAGACGAUUCCGGCUCAAUUGCACCAGCAGUGCCAGAACACGAAAAAUCAGACACUAGCAAGCCGGAAGCAGGAAUGAGCAUGGAUGUUAUGGCCGCAGAGAACAAGGAGACGCCAAAGCCUCAACAGGCGGAGCAGCAGGACCCGGUUGAUGCAAAUGGGAAGACGGCUGAGAAAAGCGGUGCCGCAUUUGAGAGUGCAGAACAAGCAGACCAAUCAAUGGAGAUGGACGCAGAUUCCAAGGUGCCGAGCGGGGAUAGGAACGACAUGGAGGACGUCGUUGAGUACUAAGCACGCCAGCGC